UAACGCUAAUGUAAAGUAUCCGAUGAAGACAGACCACGUUUACGAAGAGGUUAACGCAUUCGAGUGUGACAUAAUGGAUUAUUACGAAAAAUAUAGUCCGACGACCGCGAAGACUCUAAUAAAUACGUUGUUCCUUCCUCGACAGAAGAUUUGCAAACAAUGCGCCGACUUGCAGAACAGUCCGGUGUACACCGACCAAUUAAUAUACGGAAAGAAAUCGUUGCUCGCUAGGGAAGUCCAUCUGUUUCAACAAAACGACACUUUAUGCUAUAAAUAUUCCCCGGAGAAUGGUAAACGUGACGGCACAUUAUUCUCGCAAUACGAUAAUACUCAGCACCGCUUGUUAGUUUAUAAUUGCGUGAAGACGAACGCAUCCAGCAUAUUUUAUUCUUACGGAUCGGUUAAGGACACCUUCGACAUGAAAACGGCACUGGCGCCGAACAUUCUACUCGCCGGCAACCGAACGAAGGGUAUAGUUAACACGGAUUUGUAUCACCGCUGCGCAAGCAACUUUUAUACAAGAAUGUCGAACAGCGGCGUCGCGCCCGCGUUCCGUAUAAACCACAAUAACAUUCUGAGCACCAUAAAGCACGUCGGUUACGACACGGACCUGCAGAACUGGAUGAACUAUCGCAACGACGUGUUCCGAUCGCACGGUUUCAAGCAAGACGAUAUGAUCGAGUACCGGGCGAACAGGUCCAGUUUGUUGUUGCUGGAACCGUUGCUGCUGAUGCCGGAGUUCACGAGACCCAGAAACGGACACGGGAAGAAUCGCUACGCGCAAUCGGAGCAUAUGAAAAUAGUGAAAAUAGUAAUUGCUUACACCCUCUCAUUUUUCAUCAUAGCAACGAUUACAUUUUACAUAGUUUAUUUCACUUGAAGGUAAUAUUAUUCGUUGGGAAUACGAAUUGCAUUAAGUAGCAUCGUUGGGAGUUCCUACUUAAGACGAUUGAACGAUAAAUUGAAUUUCGGUUUCUAACUUAGAAUUCAGAGGAUCGGGUAACAAAAUUUAUAGAGAUUUCAACGGAGCAGUGAUAGAAAUUCAAGUU